ACAGCUAAUAAGGUGUGCAUGGAAAUACAUCUGGGAAUACUAGUAUGUACUUCCAGUUUUAUAUGCUGCUAAUUCUUAGGAGGACAGGAAACAAACACAGUGGUUAGCAGCCAAAAGCGGUGAAUUUGCAGGGAUUUCUAACUGGCUUCAGAUAGCUCCAGGAACUUGACUAACAAGGCAAACACCAUGAUUCUAAAAGCCUAUACAAGCCUUUUGCUCUUAUUCUUGGUAAAUUCUGUGUGGACUCGAUCUGUGAGACAAGUUUAUGAUGACCUAGAUCCUGACCAUUGGUCUCAUUAUACUUCUGAGUGUCCACAGGAGUGCUUUUGCCCUCCUAACUUCCCCAAUGCAUUAUACUGUGACAAUAAAGGACUUAAAGAAAUACCUUCAAUUCCAGCAAGAAUUUGGUAUCUCUACCUUCAAAAUAAUCAAAUUGAAACACUUUCAGAGAAGCCUUUUGUGAAUGCCACUCACCUGAGAUGGAUAAAUCUGAACAAGAAUAAGAUCACAAACAGUGGAAUUGAGAGUGGCGUGCUGAGCAAGCUGAAAAGACUGCUUUACUUAUUCCUUGAAGACAACGAAUUGGAAGAGGUGCCUGCCCCACUACCAGUGGGUCUGGAACAGCUAAGACUAGCUAAAAACAAAAUCUCCAGAAUCCCAGAAGGAGUCUUCAGCCACUUGGAAAACCUUACUAUGCUAGACCUGCACCAGAACAGUUUGUUGGACAGCGCUCUUCAAAGUGACACCUUCCAAGGACUCAGCAACCUUAUGCAACUCAACAUAGCAAAAAAUUCACUCAAGAAAAUGCCUCUGAGCAUCCCAGCUAAUACACUGCAGCUGUUUUUGGACAACAACUCCAUCGAAGUUAUACCAGAAAACUACUUCAGUGCAAUACCCAAAGUGACUUUCCUUAGACUGAACUACAAUAAAUUAUCUGAUGAUGGUAUCCCCCCAAAUGGGUUUAAUGUUUCAUCUAUUCUCGACCUACAGCUGUCUCACAAUCAGCUCACUAAGAUUCCACCAAUCAAUGCUCACCUGGAGCACCUUCAUCUUGAUCACAACAAAAUCAAAAGUGUCAAUGGUACCCAAAUAUGCCCAGUUUCCAUUGCCCUGGAAGAAGAUUAUGGUUACUAUGGCAACAUCCCUCGCCUGCGAUACCUUCGUCUGGAUGGAAAUGAAAUUCAACCUCCAAUCCCACUGGACAUCAUGAUUUGUUUCCGCCUGCUUCAAGCUGUUGUCAUAUAAAGAUAGUGCAGUGUCACUCUUGUA